GCACACUCGGCUUCAUCGCAGCCCAGGGCGAGCAGCGUUGGGUUUAUGUCUUUAUUGGACGAAAACGGUGAGUGUGGGUCUUGAGGCGGAGCGGGUGAGGGCGGCGGGGCUGAAGGGGCGAGCGGGCUGGGCUGGGGCUGCCGUUGGUGGGUGGCUGCGAGGAGUUGUGCCUGGGGCCCUCCAGGAAGAGGAAGGAGAUAACAAAACUGACAUAUUAACGUCUCACCUUUGUCGGUUUGAUGUUUCUGGUGGCUGUUUUUCCUCCGCGUUAUUUUUUUUAUACUCGGUUAACUCCCCCCCGUUCCCCCCCCCCCUACCACCACCACCCCCCUGCGCCAUGCGACGAGACAAGAUGGCGGCGGCCGGGCCGCGCCUCCCCGCGCUGUGGGCGGUUGGGGGGGGAGCGCCAGGCGGGGGGAGCUGUGGCGCAGUUACAGACACUGCGGGGGGAGGGGGCGCCCGCUCCGCCAGCGGAGGGAAUGGGGGGGGUGGGGGGAGGAAGAGGCGCGCUCGGAGCAUCCCCCCUUUAGAUCUGGGGAGCGCAUGCGCAGUUGGAGGUUUCCCCCUUCCCCCCCGGUCUGUUCCAGGGCUGAGUCAGUGCUUAAUUGCUGCAUUUAUGACUCAUCACAGGCCCGAGUGGGGCGGGGAGUUGUGUUGCUGAGCGCUCUGCCUUCCCGCUUCUUUCUCUCUGUGCGCGGCAUAUUUGGGGGAGGGGGGGGCUGCUUGCUUGGGAGGAGGUGUCCCAGGGACCAGGAGAGGGAGCUUCAGCCUACAGCACGCAGACAAAAGCUGGGAGCUCGAAGGAGGGGAAGCGACACGUUAGCUCUGCAAGCUCACACAGAGAGAGCUGUUGCGCAGCCACUGGUACCUGUAUUGGGGAAACAUAGCAUACAAGCAAGAACCUUACAGCCUCAGUGGCGAAAAUUUUUUCAUGUCAGAGACCGAGAACUCUUGCAGUCGUUUAUGUCAUCCCGUCUUCUCCAGACAGAAGAUACCAAAAAACUGCAAUCAAAGAUCUCUUCAUCUUAUUGAUAAAGCUACUAAUAAGGCAAAAUGUCUGUCAACGUCAACCGCAGUGUUUCAGAUCAGUUCUAUCGCUACAAAAUGCCCCGUCUGAUUGCCAAGGUUGAGGGCAAGGGAAAUGGAAUAAAGACGGUUAUAGUCAACAUGGUUGACGUUGCAAAGGCGCUUAAUCGGCCUCCAACGUAUCCUACCAAAUUUUUUGGUUGUGAGCUGGGAGCACAGACCCAGUUUGAUGUUAAGAAUGACCGUUACAUUGUCAAUGGAUCUCAUGAGGCGAAUAAGCUGCAAGACAUGUUGGAUGGAUUCAUUAAAAAAUUUGUUCUCUGUCCUGAGUGUGAGAAUCCUGAAACUGAUCUGCAUGUCAAUCCUAAGAAACAAACUAUAGGUAAUUCUUGCAAAGCCUGUGGCUAUCGAGGCAUGCUUGACACAAACCAUAAACUCUGCACAUUCAUUCUCAAAAACCCACCUGAAAGUGGUGACACUGGUACAGGGAAAAAAGAAAAGGAGAAGAAAAAUAGAAAAGGCAAGGACAAAGAAAAUGGUUCUGUGUCCAGCAAUGAGACACCUCCACCUCCACCACCAGAGGAGAUUACUCCUCCACAGGUUGUGGAGGAGGAGGACGAUGAUGACUGGGGUGAAGACACAACAGAAGAAGCCCAGAGGCGUAGAAUGGAUGAAAUCAGUGACCAUGCAAAGAACCUCACACUUAGUGAAGACUUGGAAAGAACAGUGGAAGAGAGAGUCAACAUACUAUUUGAUUUUGUGAAGAAAAAGAAGGAAGAAGGUGUCAUUGAUUCUUCUGACAAGGACAUUGUAGCAGAAGCAGAGAGACUGGAUGUCAAGGCUAUGGGCCCUCUCGUUCUGACUGAAGUCCUUUUUGACGAAAAGAUUCGUGAACAGAUAAGGAAAUACAGGCGUCACUUCCUUCGUUUCUGCCACAAUAACAAGAAAGCUCAGAGGUACCUUCUCCACGGCUUCGAGUGUGUGGUAGCUAUGCAUCAGUCUCAGCUUAUUUCUAAAAUACCACAUAUUUUGAAGGAGAUGUAUGAUGCAGAUCUUCUAGAAGAAGAAGUCAUCCUUGGCUGGGCAGAAAAGGCCUCAAAGAAAUAUGUUUCAAAGGAGCUUGGCAAAGAAAUUCGUGUCAAAGCAGAACCAUUUAUUAAAUGGCUGAAGGAAGCUGAAGAAGAAUCUUCCGGAAAUGAAGAAGAGGAUGAAGAUGAAAACAUAGAGGUGGUAUACUCUACAACUGCCAGUGUACCUAAAGUUGAAACUGUGAAGCCUGCAAACAAUAAAGAUGAUGAUAUUGAUAUUGAUGCCAUUUAAAGUGACGCAACGUAGCUUCCAGCAUAAUCAAACUUCUCUGCGUUUUCUGCCAGAAGUGUGACUUGUAUGUGCACAAACUGAAAUGGCUUAACAUCCUGCUACUCUUUGUACUCUAAAAUGUAUCUUUUUACUGUGACUGGUCUUGUGUAACUAAGCCUAAUACCCAAGGAGUCAGCACAUCAGUGAACUGAUCUAGUUUGCAAAUGGCAUGUUCUGUUUUGUUUUUCUAACUUGUGUUGGACACAUACUUGGAGCACAUUUAUACAGUUACGGAAAUAAAGGAUUUGGUUUUGGUCAAUCUUCA